GCUUGCUCGAGAUUGAAUGUGUUUACAAGCACGAUGAUAUAACAAAUAUUGGUUGGGUGAUAUUUAUUUAAAUGCAUAAUUCAACUAAGGUGAUAAAUUUAAACCUGUACUGUUAUUUAUCGGUAAUGUUUAAAGAAUAAUAUGAAGUAAAAGUGACGUACAUUUAAUCAACUGGGUAUAUACUGACAUUGCCCGAAUUUUCUCGAGAAUCCUUCAAGCUGGUUUACCGCUGAAAUGCUUAUGGUGUAAACAUGAAAUGCAUUAUAUUUAUUUUGGUUGAACAUUAAUCUUGACUUCAGUUUUUAUAAUACUGUUGUCUCUUGUCUGUAGUACAAACAUGCAAGGAUGCUGUUCGUGUCAGGGCCAAGGCCUUCCCUUCCAUGAAAAAAAAUAACCCACCAUAUAAACUGAUGGUUGGCUAGUUCAGAAGUUUAAAUGUUAUUUAUUGUUAGUUUGUUGGUUGGUUCUUUUAUUUUUGAAUUGCUUUAUUAUUAUUUUUUCUUUUGCAUAUAUAUUAUCUUCUUUUUAUGAAUAAUUUAAAUUUGAGAGAGUUAUGUUAAUAUUUUGAAAAAUAAUCACCAGAACUAGGGGGGAUCCAAUUAAUUAAUUAAGAACAUAGAGUGGUCUAUUCAGACUAAGAAUCAUUGCAUUUGCAUAAUUUUUACAUGGCACCAGUUUCAAUGCCAGUUCUCAUUUAAAUUGUGAUUUUUGUUUGUAUUUAAGUUUUUUAAAAUUUUGUACAUCAGUUCUUUUAUUUUAAUUUAAUGAAAACAAUUGCAUGUAUUAUUAAAUAAUUGUGUUGCGUUUUGCGUGCACUAUGCCUAAAUAGGGUUUGACACAUGUUGCAUGAGCCGGAGGCGAAAUGGAAGCUGGCACUAUUUUGGCAUAGUCUGUAUACGCUAUUUAAAUCCUCAGAACACUAUUUGAUAAUGGUUGGGUAUGUGUUACAGAGUCAAACUGACAGGAUUGAGGAAGCAUAAUAAUGUAGAGUUGUGUAAAACAUCCUCAGACAUUUUGCUGUCACAGUGUGAGUGUAAAGCUGGAAAUGGGCACUGCAGUCAUAGCAUAGGAUUAUUAUACCUUUUAUGUCACUACCAAAGACUCGGAUUGAAGGCUGUACCCCCAAUACAGAGUAAAACAUCUUUACCACAGACCUGGCAUAUUCCCCAGAGAAUAGAGGGUUUGGAACCAAAGCCUGUACAUAGUUUGGAAAUUUGCAAGGUGAACCCUAAAAAGGAACCACCAAAGAAAAAAAGGCGAGUAACUGAGGGAGUGUUACCAAACCUGUACUGUCCAGUUCAGACAGUUCCAAGUGAACAGUUCAGAAGCACAUUGCUCGAGAAUCUAACAACACUGAAAAGUGAUGCUCAGAUUGUACGCUUAUUAUCACCUUCAGAUGUCAUUGAAUCUUCAUCCAAGUUUGGACCAGUACCAAAAGGUUCAAUACUUUCUUACCAACAGAAACAGCUGACUGAUAUUGGUGACAUUAUAAAUAACAAUGAACAGCCAAGUUUUCCAGAAUUUUCACUACCAGAACAACCCAAACACUAUAAUCGAGUGUUGAACCGUGCUGAGUAUGACAUUUUUAUAGGCAUGGACACUAAUCUCACACAUGCGCUAGAAUUAGAGGAGCAGACUCGCGCACAGAGUGCUACUAAAUUAUGGCAUGAAAUUCGCCGCCACAGGAUUACCUCUACCAUGUUUAAAGACAUAUGCGUCAGGAGAGCAAAUCAUGAAAAACUGGCAGUGCGUCUUCUGAAAACCAAAAACAUUCAAACUUCAGCGAUGAAAUUUGGCUUAGAAAAUGAACCUGCUGCAGCUAAAUUGUAUUCCGAUAUUACUGGAAAUAAUGUCUACUUGUGUGGUUUUGUAAUUAAUCCAAGUUCUCCUUACCUUGGAGCAUCUCCUGACAGAAAGAUUUUUGAUCCAAAUUCUACACCACAAUAUGGGCUCCUGGAGAUCAAAUGUCCUGACAAAGAUUCUUUCCAGGAAUGUGUAUACCUUAAAGUUACCAAUGAUGGGACUUACAAACUGAAGCAAUCUCACCAGUACUACUACCAAGUGAUGGGGCAGAUGGGUCUUACUGGACUCCAGUGGUGUGACUUUUUUGUGAAAUGUAGACUCGAUUAUCAUAAGGAGAGGAUUAACUUUAAUGCAGACAAGUGGGAAGAAAUCAAGUUGUCUCUGGACAAAUUUUAUUUUGAUUAUUUCUUGUCUGAAAUUCUUAAAAUGAAGUAAUAUGUGUUUACUUGACAUUACUGAUACUGAAUAUUAUUCAGAAUUUAUUGAACAUAACAAUAAGAAAUUAACAAUGCUUUUGUGUGUAACACAUACAAUGUAAAUGCAUACAUGUACAUGUACCACAGUUUUGUUUGGCAAUGCCAUAGAAACUGCCAUGUAUUGUUUUUAUAAUAAUUCAACUUUUUCUUCUAAGACUACAUUUAUAUAUAUGUUUCAAUACCGCUUUGAUCUUUUUGUAGAAUUGUUACAAAUAUUAUUCCAUUCAUAUUAAACUAAUAUCAUUUCAAUUUAACAUACAUGUCUACUCCUGGUUGAAUAAAAAACAUGCAUAAUAAUAUUUAAAUUUAUCAUUUAUUUCAUUUGAAUUCAUCAUGUUCAUAGGAAAUGGUUUUAUACAAAGUGAUGUACUUGUACAUAAUUUGCACUGAAAAGCUGUAAUGUUUAAUAUACAAUCAAUAGUUACAUUGGGUACAAUACUUGAUGAUGACCACUAUCUCCAUUCUAAUACAGUAAUGCUGAAUGUGAAA